CCGCGGUGAAGACUCCAUGGCCAGGCUUGAACCGUGUGCCCCCUCCACACCCACGGGAUGAAACCAAGAAGUUUCGUCGAGCGUUUCGCCGGUGUUGGAUGGAGUACGACGAGGAUGUGGGAAGUGAUUGCGACAGGAAAAAUCAGUGGAAAUGAUGGAGGUGGCAUCGGUCGAUUCCCACUUCUCUUGGCUUAGUCAGCUUCCCCCCACGAACGAACGAAAUCCUUGUCAAAACACUGUCGCAACCUUCCACCACCCGACUGACAAAUCUGCCCAUUUGUUGAAAUCCAGCAAUUCCACCCCCCCCCAUACGACACCUGACACCUUGAAUCAGGUGAGGAACGAGAAAGCUCUUGAAUUGUCUUUCUACUGAUUUGGUUCGGACGGAGAUGAAAGCGGUGGUGAAGUGAAGCCAUGGAAAUCAGAGGAGUUGCUGCAGGUGCUGGCAAUCCGUCUUGGUUCCGUUCUUAACAAGCCAUCGAGUGAAGUUAUUGAUAUAAGGAUGGGUUUCUUCUUUAGCGUUUGCCGGUUCAUCAUCACCAACUGUUUGAUUUGGUUGUUCGGUUUCUUGGCCAUGCAUCUGUUCAGAAUUAGGAAAGGUAGUACUUGUCAGAGAGAGAACCUCAAAGCUUCGUCAGUACAUGAUUCGAGGAGAGUGGAGCCAUGUCCUGAAAUCAGUCACUCAUCCUUCGAGGAGAAAGAGUCACCGAGACUAAGCUUCAAGUUUCAGUAUCAGUUCUCUGCUCAUCACAAACUGCUCGACCAAGUGCCGCUGUCGCAGCCUGUCGCCAAGGAAAAUGAAUCUUCUGUGAACACUGCCAUGCACAACUAUCGCUUCUUGCCUGAGAAAGAUUUCAGCUGCUUCAUGGCAGAACCAGAAGCCCAAACUUGCCGUAUCCAAGAGUCAUAUGUUGAUCCUGCCGUUUUGUCUUCCUACGAUAGCAAAACCGUGAAAGCUGCUGAUCAUGAUCUGAUGCACACGAUCGAUAAGCUAGAUGCAAUCGGAGAUGAGAAAUUUCCAUACGUUAAGCUCUUUGAGCAGGAAAAGCACAUAAGACGGGCUGAGACUAAUUUAUCAGGUGAAAUCGGAAGAACCGAUCCAGCAAAGUUUCUGUCAGAUGAAUUUUUGGUCUCCGAUUCGGAUGCUGAAUCCCUGAGUGCAAGUGAUGGUUAUUCCGUGAAGGGGCUCAUCGCUGAUUUGGAUAGCGAUGGUUUGUUGUCUGAGUAUGAACAUGAAGUAGAUACUAGACAAGCUUCCAUCGAUGCCAGUAGAUACAAAGUGAAGCUGUCGGAAGAUUUCAGAAGAUUGGAAGCAGCACAGUCGCGAUUCGUUCAUGAUUAUGAUUCAGAAUCUGCUGCCGUAAUUGAUCAAUUUUCUUUUGUUGACAAUCAAAGAAGAUACACACACAUCCGCCGCGAUGAGAACUUGCCAGAAAAUGAAUCAGACAGCUCUGAUCCUGAGCGAAAAGGACUGGAUCAAGGAGAAGCUGAGUCAAAUCAAGUUCAGGAGUUUGAGGAACCUAAACAGCCAACUGCAGGUGUCUCACGAAUGGAAAACAUUGAUUCCAGUGAUGAUGAGCUUCAUGCAACCAAAAGGCAUAGCAGUUUAAGAAAGUCCUCAAAUGAGUCGGUCACACCAGACAGCAGACAAGAGAAUUUGGAUGACAAGGAAACAGGAAAUGAUGCAGAUAUUGAUAGUACAAAUAGCAGUAGUAGUAAUUUAAACAGAGAUUUGGAGUUUACAAGAGAGUUUAAUGUUACUCGUGAUGAAUUUUCCGAACGAUCUCCCGGCACAGAACAAGAGGAUAGUCAGCUCAUGGCAGAAUUGGAUGAACUGGCACGAGAAGAAGAGCUCGAAAGAGGCAAAAAAGAAGCAAAGGAGAGCAAGGUUGUGCAACAAACAUAUCUAGAAGAUUCAGAUGAUGAUGAUGAUGAUGAGUUGGAGUCCCUCUGGGAACAUCAGGAUCUAAUAGAAAAGCUCAAACUGGAACUGAAAAGAGUGAGGGCCAUCGGCCUGCCGACCAUUUCAGAGUUAUCAGAAGGCCCCAAAGCAGUCGAUGACCUGAAACCAUGGAAGAUCGACAGCAAGUUUCUGCAUGAGGAUCCCAUGGAUGAGCUACAAAAGUUCUACAAGUGUUACAGAGAGAGGGUGAGGAAGCUUGACAUCUUAAACCACCAAAAGGUGCAUGCAAUAGGCUUACUCCAGCUAAAGGACCCUCAUCAGUCAACGGGAUCUCAGAAAUCCCUACUUCCAACGAUCACAUCCAUUCUUUCUCAGAGUUUGUGGACUUGCAGCAGCGAAUCUGGUAUUAGUCCAUCAGACAAGUUCAUCAAGGAGCUACAAAAUGAUUUGGAAAUGGUUUAUGUUGGGCAAACAUGCCUUUCAUGGGAGUUCUUGCGUUGGCAGUUUGAGAAAGCUCGGCAGAUAUCAGAUUCUGAUCCAUACCGGAGCCAUCAGUACAAUCAAGCGGCUGGAGAAUUCCAACAAUUUCAGGUGAUCAUGCAAAGAUUUAUCGAGGAUGAAGCUUUCCAAGGGCCAAGAUUACCCAAUUAUAUCAAAACUCGAAGUGCUUUUCAGAAUUUUCUCCUAGUGCCUGUCAUAAGAGAGGAUAGCUUGAAGGAGAAGUUGGAGGAUCAACGCAAAGGUAACUAUGUCAUUACCAGUGAAAUUCUCGAAGACAUCAUGGAGGAGUCCAUAAGGCUUUUCUGGGAAUUUGUCAAGGCAGACAAGGAUGAAACGCCGGGGAUUCUGAAAGGUUUAAUGGGAACUCAUGUUCAACCUCAUGAUCCUUCUGACUCCAAGUUCAUGGCAGACAUCCAUUCCAAAUUGCACAAGAAAGAAAGGAAACUAAAAGACAUUUUGCGAACCGGAAAUUGCCUAGUCAAGAAGUUCAAAAAACCCAAAGAAGACAGAUCAAACCAGGAUAUCUUCUUCUCUCAAGUAGACCUGAAGCUGGUGGCACGAGUCCUCCGAAUGUCUAGAAUUACAACAGAUCAGCUGGUGUGGUGCCAUGCCAAACUGAGCAACAUCAGUUUCAUAGAAGGAAGAGUUCACAGGGAGCCUUCAUUUUUGCUCUUCCCUUGCUGACUGAGAUCCACAUUUUCUUGUCCAACUAUAUGUAGGAGAAUUAGUCUUGUUUAUACAUCUUCUUUUUCCUACAAGUUUAUGGGUACACGUUUGAUCUCUCAGCAGAAUUUUCAACAGUCUCGAGUAGCUGUGUUGAGUUGUUUGAUUCUGAUCAUGUAAUUGUAAUGGUGUUGAGAUACAGAUAAAUACAUGUGAUCAUUUUUAGGGAAGGAAAUUAGUAGACAAAUAUUAUCUGUGAUUUAUCUUAA